AAUUUCCUUUCAUGAUAUAUAUAAAUUCUUUCUCACAAUUGAGAUUUAAUUAUCUUCAAACUUAAGCUCUUGAUGAGCUUCAUAUUACUUUUAUUUAUUUUUUUAUUAUUUCUUACUUUUCUCCACAAAGAAGAUUAUUACAGAGGACAUGACAACAUGUUUUAAACAUUGCCUCAUAAUUUUCAUUUGGUUAAUAAUCCACCUACAUCGUAUCAAUGCUACAAACUCCAUAAAUAUCAUUAUGGAUACAAAAUUAUUUGCUUAUUCUAAUGAUCAUCAAAGAAAUGAAGAUACAGAAGUGACAACGAAUCUCAGAUCAUGGAGAGGUCAAGCCAAGCAUCAUCCUCAUUUAAGAAACGCUUAUGGGAUCCUAAUAAUCAUAGGAUGGGGAAUUCUACUGCCUGUUGGGGUAAUAAUAGCAAGGUAUUUUAGUAAAUUUCCCAUUCACUUGAAUGAAUGGUAUUCAUAUCACAUAAUGUGUCAAAGCAUUGGAUAUGUUUUGGGGACAUUGGGAUGGCUUAUUGGAAUACUUAUAGACCAUACUUCCAAGCAACAUUCUCAUGAGCUUAGAUCACAUCAAAUUCUUGGUAUCAUUAUUUUUACACUCACAACUAUACAGAUGGUUGCCAUUUUUUGGCAGCCGAAAAAGGAAGAGGAGUAUGAUCAUUGUGGCUGGAAAAGCUGGGGGAUUUAUCAUCGGCUUAUGGGUUAUGUGAUAAUAGUCCUAAUAAUAGCAGAUAUAUUUGAAGGGAUCAUCCUUAAUCAAAAUCAACCUACCAAAUGGAAAUGGAGUUGUGUAGGAAUUCUAGUCAUUUUGGUUCUUACUGCUGUGUCACUAGAAAUUUACAGAUGGGUUAAAUCUAAAAUUAUUCAACAGGCUGUCGAAUUGAAUAGCGAAAUGUAUACUUCUGCAUGAUCUUUUUAAUUUUUAUCUUUUCUUUCUAUAUUCAAUUUUUACAACUUUUUUUUCUCUCUUUAUUUGGAAUACUUUAAUUACCACAAGCACCAACGAUCAAUAACUUAAAUUAUUCUGAAUACUUUUAUUCUCGUUAAAAAUUAUGUGUCGCACCAUUGAUGAACCAGAGAGAAAGAGUU